CUUUGCAGACUUUGUCUCGAAUUUGCAGCCGAACCAGCUGCGCUCUUUCCACUGCUCCCUCAAUAAAAUUCAGCUGCUAACUGUAGAAGCAUUUGUGCAGCAGACUAAUCUACAGAAGCUAACUUUGAACAAUCUAGUUCGCCCUCCUUUCGAGAUCUAUCGACUUUUCGAGCUGACAAACUUGACAUCACUGACACUCAGCUUCAACUUCCGGCCGUCCCUUACGAAUCGUUUGAGAUUCAAACGCUGGGCAGAAGGAACCGCAGCAAGGUAGCAGGCUGGUUGAAAUUUUUACAGGCUCUUCGGAGUCUCCAUCUCUUCCGCUUUCCGGACCUCGUUCCCGCAGUCGCUGAUGCUCUUCCCCACUUACGUCUUUGCAGGUUGCAUAUUUUCUCGACAGGAUGCUCCGAAGACUUUUACAAAAAAAUUCGUGACACAGCAGCUCGAGUAUCUAUUUCUAGCCGAGUGCUCCGACGAAGGCCUCAUCGACCCUAAUAUGAGUCGAGAACGCGGCAAGCUCGUCAUGAAAGCAGUGACAGCCAUGCCGUGUCUUCGGGACUUGCGCUUGCACACAUAUUCUUAUCUAGACUGCAGUGAGCUCGAGAAAAUUGCAAAACAUGUGUCGAGGCUCGAAACUCUUUCCUCUGUUGUUCGAGAAGAGGAGAAUUCGACCUGGACGCUCCGCGCUCUCGAGAGCUUCAAACACCUCACUGGCCUGACAGUACUAGGCCACACCAUGUUCUCGGCGCGCGAAAUACUCUACUGGGUCGACUGCUUGAAGUGCCAUCAGCGCCCUGGAGGCUUCAGGUUAAGCUUACCUGCACAAGACCGGCAGUCUCGGUACUGGGGAUCAGGGGUCAGGGACGACGGAUUCUCUGUCCCUAACGACCCGGCGACGGUAAUCCUUCAGAGGAUGCUGAAGUCCCUGGUAGUAUACUUAAGGGGAGACAUCUGGCGAGGCAACGACAACGAGGCUGACGAGGAUCGCAUGUUUGUGAAUAUUUGGGCUGACAUCAGGGGCCCAGCUGGGGGGCUGCAGCGUCUGAGGGGCUCCGGGCCGUAUGAGCCAUGGACAGGUUUGAUAGAGAAUAUGGGCAUGCACAUUGCUUGGAGUCCCAUUCAUUGAUUCGAAUCAAUGGGGUAAGUCAGUAGUUGAAUAAAUCAUGAGUUCACAGUAAGUGCCGAGAUGAAGCAUGAGGUGAGGUUGAGUCAAGGCGUAAGAGCAGCUGUUAUGAGGUGUGCCGUACCUG